GAUUAGGUAGCCGUAGGUGUCUAAUUGAUUCUUUUAUUCAAAUGUAUCCGCCGAAAGUAACAGGCCUUUUCCAAAAUAGCGAGAAAAGAUAUAAUACGUUUCGUCUUUCGCCUUACCACCAAUGAACAUUGACAAUAGGCGCGCAACUGUUCAAACAAACCUCCAUGAAAGUCUGCGCGCUCUUGCAACAGUGUAACGUGGAUAUAGCUAAGAAAAUGUACAUCCUAAUUACCUUGUUUUUAAUUCUACGAGCAUGUACCGCUCAAGUGACAACCUUCGAAACCGACAUGAAUUUCCGAGUAGAACCUGGGGACAGAACAUGUUUCUUCGAAAACGGAAAAGCCGGUCAGAUUCUCGAAGCGUCGUACCAAGUGAUCGACGGCCAGCACGGAGAUUUAGACAUAUCGUUCGACAUCGUGGCUCCCGACGGAACCAUGCUAGCUUCAGAUUACAAGCAGCCGUACAACUCGCUUAUAAUGGAGUUGAAGCAGGAUGGGGACUACGUGUUCUGUUUGGACAAUACGUUUAGCGUGAUGAACUCAAAAUUAGUGUUUGUGUAUGUGUUGAUAGAAGAUAAAGUUGCCGAGGUGAUUGAGAAAGCGACGGACCCCGAAGCUAAUGUAACAUCUGUUGAAAAAGAAGUCCUAGAAUGGAGAGGUACGUUGCCGAACGGAGAGGUGUACUACAUGGAGGUGGCGCAAAUAGCUGAUUCGCUGUCUCGCACCCUAAAGCACGUAGUUCGCGCGCGCCAUCUGUUGGACGUGUACGGCGCGAGCAAGUCGCGCGACAGCUACGCGGCGUUCGAGGACACCUUCAUCGUCGACCUGUGGUCCGCCUUCCAGAUCACCUUCAUGUGCGGAGUUGGAACGCUUCAAGUUUACAUGAUCAAGAAACUGUUUAAUAAGUCGACUAAAAAUACAAAUAGCUACUAUUAGGUACCUAUGCGUGCAUAUGAUUUCAAUUUUCAAAUUCAACUAAGAAAUCUUAAAAAUGACCUUUCAAAAGUCGUCUCUGUCCCUGGUACACAAUUAAAAUGAAACCUAGCAUGUAGCAAACCUUAGCAUAAAUAUUACCAGUUUUGCAUGAAUAACAUAAUGUUUAUUAUGUUAUUCAUUAUUACAUAUUGCAUGAAUAACAUAAUAAACGUCUAUAAAAAAACUUAGAUACGUCGUGGCCGUGAAUAAUAAACAGAGGGUUAGAUACAGUCA